AUGGCUUUGGUUAAAACAUCGGCCAGCUCAGGAGCACUUCAGAAUGCGAAAGGCAUCCGAAUCAUUAAAACCGACAUCAUCGCGGGAGAUAACGUCGAUGUCGAAGGACCUUCAAGCUUUUCCGGUGGUCUUGGAGAGAUCAGAAUCCAACCGAGAUGUAUGGUAUUUAAUGCUCCAUACAUGUUCUAUCAAAAGAAUAGAAUGAUGAACCCGAAUGACUCGAUCCGUCAUAUGGCACUCAGAAUCACGUUUUCGAAUUCACACAGACAUUUCGCCGAGGACGACACUGGGACCUCCGGAUAA